GAUUCGCUCUACUAUUCCCUCGCUCACUCAUUAUCACUGUUCGCUCAUAGUGGUGACGCCACACUACGUAAGCAAACGUUUUCCAUGACGUCACUCCUCCAACUGUGGUCUUGCAUGUGGCAGAUUACCCAAUUUUAACUGAGUCGGUCUGGAUCUGUUCUCCCCCUAGGAAUUGUUUAAUGGAAUCCAAGGGACCACCUGAGAAAUUGCACUGUUCUCCAAAGCAUGCGCGCUCAGAAUUUGAUGGAGGAAUUGCAAGCAAAAGACAACGAACAGGUGACAAUGGAGAUGGGUUUCAAGAAUUUUCGGCUUUAAUUGAUAGAAUACAGGAAAUGCACAGAGAUUUUAGACAGAGGAGAAUGGAUUUUCAGAAGAUUUCUACAGUUGAAAAUGUGGGCGUCCAUGACAUCAAAAGGAAGUCUCUUUGGAAGCCCUCAUUCGAGUGGGAGGAUUUUUCUUGCUUUGUUAGUAAAGCUAAUGCUUCUGCACAAGGGAAUUUAAGUUGCUGUAAAAUAAAAAAAGCAAGGAAUUCCGUAGUAGUUGAUGAGUAUAUGCCUGUGGGGAGCCUGGAUCUCAAUGCAGAGCCCACAUCAGAAUAGUAGAUGGUUUUAAUGUAGAUUAUUUUGAUUUUGUAUAUUCUUAAAAGGCUGAUGAUCAUGAGAGACGAUUUUGCUCAGGUAUAAGAGUAAACUGGUUGUGGUUUAACGAGUUUCAAAGUAUUUAUACUGUGCUUAUCAGUCGUGUAGGAUGUUUAUGUAAAAAUUUAUACAAAUCUGAGCAAUGUUGGAUUAA